CACUCCACUCCCUCGAUGACAACCGCUUCCUGCAGUCACCACCUUUCAGUAUUUCCACGUCGAACCUCGCGCGGUACCCACGACCCCACCAGGCUGGGGCUGAGGAGAGGCUCUCGCUUUUUGGCCGAGGCGCUGCGAAGAGUCCCAGACGGACCCCAGCCCGUGAGCCCCUCCCUCCGCCUUCCCGCCGGGCAUCCCGCAGGCUGCAGCCGGGACGGAGGAGGAAGCGCGCGCCGGCCGAGCCCAGCGCCAGGAAACGGCCGGCCGACGGACCCAGGCGCCGGGACCGAGCAGCCGCCGCCCUCCCGCCUCGGCCGCUGGGCGGGUGGCGGCGCGGCUCCGCCCCGCUGCGGGGCUGGCAGAGGCGGCUCCGUUCGGCGCUGUGACGCCGGCGGCGCUGGAACACCUGGAGGGGUGGCGGCGGUGCCUCCGGCUCGGCCCGGCCCUGCCCUGCCCUCCGCUCCUCGGCCCCGAGCAAGCAAUUAUCCAAGGGAAUUUUAUGAUCAAUAUGCUCAAAGCCAAGAAAAAUCUGUGGUUAAUAAAAUGCAACAGAAAUACUGGAAAACAAAGCAAACCCUUAUAAAGGUCACAGGAAAAAAAGAAGAUGAACAUGUUGUGGCUUCAGAUGCAGACCUGGAUGCAAAACUAGAGCUGUUCCAUUCAAUUCAGAGAACAUGUAUGGAGUUGUUGAAAGCAAUAGAACUUUAUCAAAAAAGGAUUUGUUUUCUGUCUCAGGAAGAAAAUGAAUUGGGGAAAUUUCUUCGAUCACAGGGUUCUCAGGAUAAAACAAGAGCAGGAAAAAUGAUGCAAGCAACAGGAAAGGCUCUCUGCUUUUCUUCUCAGCAAAGAUUAGCACUGCGUGCCCCUUUGACUAGGUUAUAUCAAGAAGUGGAGACUUUCAGAUAUAGGGCCAUCUCAGACACGUGGCUGACAGUAAAUCGCAUGGAACAGUAUCGGACUGAAUACAGAGGAGCUCUGCUUUGGAUGAAAGAUGUUUCUCAGGAGCUGGACCCAGAUCUUUAUAAGCAGAUGGAAAAGUUCAGGAAGGUUCAAGCUCAAGUGCGACAUGCAAAACUCAACUUUGACAAACUGAAGACUGAUGUCUGUCAAAAAGUUGACCUUUUGGGAGCAAGCAGAUGCAACCUUCUUUCUCAUGUAUUAACAACAUAUCAGACAACACUUCUUCAUUUCUGGGAAAAAACUUCGCACACAAUGGCAGCUAUCCAUGAAAGUUUCAAAGGUUAUCAGCCAUAUGAAUUUACUAUGCUAAAGAGUUUGCAAGAUCCUGUGAAUAAACUAAGAGAAACAGCAGAAAAGGAGGACCUGCAAACUGAGAGCACCAAAUCAGAAGAUCAGCAGAGUCAGUUGAUUUCAUUAGAUGAGGAGAGCCAUACCAAGGAACCAGACUAUUCAGCUCAUGAUGGCAAGGAUACCCUGUCCAAGUUACAAGGAAAUUGUAACCACAAGCAGAACUCAGGUGCUGUAGAUGACUUAUUAGACCUGCAACCUGAAGAAAAUGCAUCAAAGGAUCAGUUUGCAAAGUCCUUGGAAUCAGAAUCUAGUGAUAAGGAUGACAUGGUGUUACUGAAUGAGAUCCUCAAUGCUUCCUCCCUGGAAGAGGGAGAGUUCAGCAAGGAGUGGACAGCUGUUUUUGGACAGGUUACUGAUCUCGCCAUGAACUCUUCAGCUGGAGAUGGGGAUAACACUUCAGCUGUGGCAUCAACUCCAUCAGGUUAUUUGCCUUCUCAACUGUUAGACCAAAAUAUGAAUGACUUACAGUCAUCUUUACAUGGGUGGGCAGCUAACAGUGCGAGCCCUCUGUCUAUACCACAGCCAGCACAGAAACCGAACAGCCUGAAUGUGAAUGCUAACAAGACGCCAAUGAAAGGUGAACCUACAAGGAAUCCUAAAGACUUGACUGCCUGGUUCAGUCUCUUUGCUGACCUUGACCCGUUAUCCAAUCCUGACGCUGUUGGGAAAACCGAUAAAGAACAUGAAUUACUUAAUGCAUGAGUCAGCUGCCUAUGGUAACUCACAUUCUUCCAUUCAUCAACACUAUUUUGGGGUUUAAAAAAAAAGAAAAGCUAAAUCAAAAUUAGUAUGUUGUUGUGAAACUUUAAAGUAUGUGCCAUGAUAACAAAACGAAAUCCUCUUUUAUAUAGGUACAGUUAUUUGCUCUUGUUUUGUAUAAAGAGUUUGCAUUUAUUUUCUACAUGGAUUUACAAAAAUGAGUUUAAGAAUUAGGGCAGAUUUCUUGCCAAAUUAGAUUAUCUAUCUGCUGAAACACUGUCUUUGCCUGAGGUGAUGCAGAGCUAACACUGGAAUGAAAUACAAAUUGCAAACUUAUUUUUUUAUAAUGUUUCUUGAGUAAAUUAAAAAAUAGUAAUGUAAGUGGGGAGGCUGCAUGAGUCAAACAUCUAUCGUGUAUAAUAUAUAUAUAUUGCUGCUACAUUUGGAUGUCAACUAAAUUUGUUUUGUUAGUACUCACAAUGAAAAAUCUGUGCUGGAGCUAAUUACUGAAGAAAUACAUUUGGGUCUAUGCAGCCAUGGAAAUUGCGCCCUGUCUGAUUUAAAUUCUUAGACAAACUGUACUACCAAAAUGGCCAGAAGUCUUCUUUUCUGACUUUUCUUUCCAUUGCACCAACAGAAUUUGCACCUGUUUGCAGAAGUUUCUUGCAACUGAUGAUUUACCAUGCCUUCAAAACACUCAUAUUUCUGUUCAGAGUAUUUUUCAUCAGAUUUAUUUCUAAAGCAUGUGUUACUUUGAGCUUGUUGUGACGUUAACUCUUUAAUAAAAUGAUUUUGACAAGAAA